CGGGCGGUCUGGAGACGUGCAGACGGCAGGGGUGCAGGUGGUGCGGUGGGAGCGUCACAACCCGGCUGGGGCCGCCUGGGAUGCGCCGCCGGUUGUAGAGGGGGGAAGGCACCGCACACAACACCUUCCUGACUGGGCCCUGACAUGCCUGCCCUUGAGAGCCUCCGGGUGGAACAGCUGUUGGACCCAUUGAAACGACGGGAUGAAAGCUCUACCUAAAAACACGAUGUGACUGGAAGAGACCUGUCAUUAUGCAAACAGUAAGGCACUCGGAACAGACACUUAGAACAGCUCUCAUCUCAAAGAACCCAGUGCUUGUGUCCCAGUAUGAGAAGUUUAAUGCUGCAGAACGGCGUUUGAUGAACGAAGCCUUCCAACCAGCCAGUGAUCUCUUUGGACCCAUUACCUUGCAUUCUCAGUCAGAUUGGAUCACCUCCCAUCCUGAGCCUCCCCAAGACUUCGAAGAGUUUUUCAAUGCUCCUUCCAGAAAGACACCCUCUCCGGAGAAGCGCAGUAUUUAUAUACAGUGCAUUGGAUUGCUAGGAAACACCAGAAUUAUCAGUGAAGAAUAUAUUAAAUGGCUCAAGGGCUACUGUGAAGCAUUUUUCUAUGGCUUGACAGUAAGACUUCUGGAACCGGUCCCUGUCUCCGCAACGAGGUGUUCCUUUAGGGUCAAUGAUAGCACACAGAAGCUACAAAUACACGCAGGGCACAUCCUGAAGUUCUUAAAAAGGAAGAAACCCGAAGAUGCCUUCUGUGUUGUGGGAAUAACCAUGAUUGAUCUUUACCCAAGAGACUCCUGGAAUUUUGUCUUUGGACAGGCCUCUUUGUCAGAUGGUGUGGGGAUAUUCAGCUUUGCCAGGUAUGGAAGUGAUUUUUACAACUCAAGCUAUGAAAGCAAAGGGAAGGCAUUGCAGAAAAAGUCUUCGAAUGACUAUUCGGUUUUUGAUAACUACUACGUUCCUGAAGUGACUAGUAUUUUGCUGCUUCGGUCCUGUAAGACUUUAACCCACGAGAUUGGACACAUAUUUGGACUUCGGCACUGCCAGUGGCUUGCAUGCCUGAUGCAAGGCUCCAACCACUUGGAAGAAGCUGACCGGCGCCCCCUAAAUCUGUGCCCGAUCUGUUUACGCAAGUUGCAGUGUGCUAUUGGCUUCAACAUUGUAGAAAGAUACAAAGCCCUGGUGAGGUGGAUUGAUGAUGAGUCCACUGAAGCACCUCGAGUCACUCCGAAACAUAGUCAUGAGGACAGUGUGAAUUUGCCCAAACCGGUGGAAGCCUUUAAGGAGUGGAAAGAGUGGAUAAUGAAAUGCCUUGCCGUUGUCCAGAAAUAAGAACCUUCAAAUAGGAGUAAUUAAAAUAAAUACUUGCACAGUGUGCUUUCUUUUGAAUGGAGUGUUUUAUUGGAAUAAACUGUUUACUGAUUCUGCCCUGUAUAAAAGUAACAUAAUAGAAGCACCUUUAAAGCACCUGCACUUGAAUUGAGACCCACUUUGAAUGAUAAAAACUCUAGUCUCUU